AUGAAGACAGCUCAAGCUCUGCAGAGAAUGUGGUCACAUGCAGUCAAAAAGUUGGGGAUUUUGAAAGGGCACGCCCCAGGCAUGGAAGAGCUGAUAUGGGAACAGUACACUGUGACCUUACAAAAGGAUUCGAAACGAGGAUUUGGGAUUGCAGUUUCUGGUGGCAGAGAUAACCCUCAUUUUGAAAAUGGUGAAACAUCGAUAGUCAUUUCGGAUGUUCUUUCGGGUGGUCCAGCAGAUGGAUUACUUCAAGAAAAUGAUCGAGUGGUCAUAGUCAAUGGAACCCCAAUGGAAAAUGUUCUACAUUCUUUUGCAGUUCAACAGCUUAGGAAAAGUGGAAAAGUGGCCACCAUUGUAGUGAAAAGACCAAGAAAAGUGCAGGCUGCUGCGUUGAAGAGGAGCCCCUCCCUUGACUAUGAGGACAGAGCUUUAGAUGUAAUGGAUGACCAUGCAGAAUUUGAUGGCAAAAGUGCUCGAAGUGGCUAUAGCGAGAGAAGCUGGCACAGUGGUAAUGGAGGGCGCAGCCAAAGCUGGGGAAACAGCCUGGAUCAGAGCUACAGAGAUGAGCAGGACAGAGGGCGUAACCAAAGCAGAGACCACGACAGGGAAUGCAGCUAUGGCCGUGAUCGAAGUCGUGGUAGAAGCGUUGACAGGAGCUUGGAUCGAGACUAUAGAAGAGAUCGGAGCAGGGGAAGGAGCAUCGACAGGGAUGGUGGCUAUGAACGGGACUACAGAGGAGACUACAGCCCACCCAGUUAUAGUCAUGGUUUUCAACCUGAUCCUAGAUAUGGGAGGGAAGUGAGGAGUCGCAGUCGGGACAGGCUUCAUUCCCGAACUCCUUCGCCUGAAAUGCACCAUCAGCAUGAGUACUUAGGACCGCAGGACCACAAUGCACCGAUCAGUGUUCUCCUAACAAAAGGCAGACAUAAUGAAGAAUAUGGACUCCGUCUUGGAAGUCAGAUCUUCAUAAAAGAAAUGACCCGUACUGGCCUAGCAACCAAAGAUGGCAACCUUCAUGAAGGAGAUAUCAUUCUCAAGAUCAAUGGUACAGUGACAGAGAACAUGUCUUUAGCUGAUGCCCGAAAAUUGAUCGAGAAAUCGCGGGGGAAACUCCAGCUGGUUGUUCUCAGGGACCGAAAGCAGACACUGCUCAACAUUCCUUCAUUGAACGACAGCGACUCAGAAAUGGAUGACAUUUCUGAAAUAGAGUCAAACAGAUCAUUCUCCCCUCAAGAUGACAGAUUACAUCAUUCUGAUCUAGAUUCACAUUCAUCCAACGAAAAGCUGAAAGAGAAACCAAAUACAAAAGAUGAUCCAUCCAGUAGGAUGUCCAGGAUGGGAGCAACACCUACACCAUUCAAAUCAACUGGUGGCAUUGUUACUCCUGCUGUUACAGUUGUAGACACAAACAAAGAACCCAAGUACCAAGAUGACCCAGCAGUGUCUCAACCAAAAGCAGUUACACAAACAAUUCUUAAGCCCAGCCCGGAAGAUGAAGCAAUAUAUGGUCCUAAUACGAAAAUGGUGAGAUUCAAGAAAGGGGAUAGCGUGGGUCUACGACUGGCUGGUGGAAAUGAUGUAGGGAUAUUUAUUGCUGGAAUUCAAGAAGGCACCUCAGCUGAUCAGGAAGGACUGCAGGAAGGAGAUCAGAUUCUUAAG